AUGAUUAAGUCGAAUAUCCCACACUGGCUGUGUCUUUGUGUCGCCGCACUAGGCGUUCAUAGUAUCGCCAAACCCGUACAACAAAAGCCUCUCGUCGGCGUGGACGUUAUGGUCAAAGAGAACAAGGUCCCCGGGCACAACGAUGCUAUAUACGAUAUCUUCCUUGAGGUUGCCCCAACGCCUAUUCUCGCUGACCGCGUCUUUUUCGUCUACCUGCGCAGCGAUCUACCUGAAUCCAAAAAGAAGAAACUAGGACUCUUUGAUGAAAGCCUCAUCAAUGCGACACUCUCUGUGAGCGGCUCUGUUGUCUACCCGGAUGGUAGCUACAUGGAACCAAGGUCCUUUACAAUGCCGUUAAAAACUAUUUCCAUCAACGAUGCAGCCCAUUUCGUCAUCCGCGAUUCUAAUGGUACUCAAAUUGAUUACCUACCUAGUAGCGACCGCAGUGAUAUGUUAUUAGAUUUCCAGAUUCCUGCAAUGUUUUUGAAGAGCGGUAUGUGGACUUUUGAAGUCGACGCCAGGCUCGGAGAUAAAGACAAUUCUUGUCUAUUUGCCAUGUCGUUGACACAAUGGUUAGAUUGGGGGCUUUGAGAAGUAGGGUAUUUGGAAUGAUCUGCAGGCUCAAUGUUAU